AUGGUGGGUUAUGAGUCAGACGUAAGCCAACAUUCAAAGUCAAGACCACCUGCUGUGGAUGCCUGUGAGGCAGGCUUGAUGUCGGUAAAUGAUGGGAGGCGAGGAAAAGCAGAGGUCUCUGAUUCGACCCACCAAACAAGGCGAAGCGACAGCCCUAUCGAGCUGUGGCUGGACGCAUGCCAGUAUCUGACAGGUGAGGAUACACAAGAUAAGGAUGUUUGGGACCAGACGGGACUUUAUAUGAUUCAAGGAGAGCUCACCAGUGACGUUUCCUUUCCCCCAGGAGAGACAAAAGUGUCAGGUUACAACCCUGAUGGGAGCGAGGGGAUUGGCUGGUCCAGCGAUGACACCAGGGGUUGGGGGCCACCAGUUGAGCGGUGGUCAUCCAUAGACAGCUGGGCCAGUGCACUCUCAGACUGGAGUGGGAUCAUCACAGCUCCACCAGAGGACUUUACAGCCGCUUUUACAGAAAUAGGGGCCGGGAUUGAUGCUCUAACACAGGCACUAGCAGAGGUGAAUACUCAUAUUAGGACAGAGACGUUUAAAGAAGGAAAGGGUCUAGAGCCAGGAGUACAGGCAACCAUGGGCAUCCAGGAUCAGCCCCUAGAGGGGCAAAACAUCCCAGAGAGCUCCUUCCUCUCUGGGCAGAGCUUACUCUCUUUGUGCGAAGCUGCACGACCUGAGCUCAGAGACAGAGAGGACUCCCAGAGCGUUGAAUCCUUGUGUGAUUCAACAGCGAACUCACAAGAUGAAAAGGAGCCGGAGGAGAUCCAGAGCUGCCAGGCUGAGCUCUCUGCAUGCCCCACAAACCAGCACUCAUCCAUGGGAUCAUCCAGUGCUACCAUGGCCUUUCCUAGAGGGUACAGUUCAGAUGUGAUCGUUGGCUCCAAUUCUGCUUAUCUGGACCUUUCUCACUUUGGAUUUGAGGACACUUUUAUCAGUAGUGAAGAAGAUCCGGUCGUACUGAAUAUAACAGAGGAUACAGAUUUGGCGGGACAAAAUAAACCUGGAGAGCUGAUGAUUGAAGAGUCCUUUAGAGAUGAAGUGUGUGAAGUGACAUACGAACACAUCGUCUCCCAGCCGGGCUCUGUGGUCGAGCAGGAAGUCAACAGAAGCUGUGCGGAGGUCUUUCGAGAAGAUACAGAACCUUCAUCAGAUCUUCGUUUUUCCCCUAAAAACACUCUGACAAACUCACGUGUGCCAAAUGUGCACAAACGACCUGACACUCUACCAGACCUUAACGGGCCAUGUCAGGUGGAGCAAGAGAGGGGAAGUCCCAAGUUUAUUAUGCCCUUAGCCCUUCUUGAUAUCUGCUCCUCCCUCGUCUGUCGGACAAACUGCACUUUGGAAGGAGAUCAAGCUUCUCUCAAUGACAACACAGACCUCGGUUGUGGUCACGUACAACCCUGCAUUCUCUGGCCAACCUUGGAUGGGAUUACUGACAAAACUUCUUUGGAUGGUGACGAGUUGAUUCAUAGAAAGGAAAAUACAACAAAGUCUGCAGAGAAAUCUUCAACAAAGAAACAACCGGACUUUGUCACUGCGAGAAAAACAAUACUUGAGGAGAUUAAUGACCUCAGUAACGAACUUUGUCACUUGGCUGAUGUCCCUGCAGAUCAUUUCAUCGUGUCACAGAGGAACCGCAUUGCAUUCAUCACUUUAGAUUUAAAUGACCCAUUUGUUCCCAGGGCUGUAAAACCCAUCGCCAAAGCCAUACAGUCUGAGUUAAGUCAGAAAACAGCUGAAACUAUGCCGCAUAAAACCCACAAGUGGACCUCAGAGAGCAGAGCCCGCUCCAAGAAGGACAAAACAGCUGGCCAUCAUCAUGGUGUACAAGCUACAAAGCAACAGGAUCAUUUAUCUCAUCACGUUUCCCCCCAGCAGGAAACUCAUCCUCUUUCUGAGGAAAAUCACAUUUGUGAGAACAUUCAAGUCGGGCCUGAGGAAAAGGAGGAUAAACUGGUGAUUGAAGCUGUUGUAGAAGCUGAGAAGGCUCCAAACAAACCACAUGGCAAGAAGAAAAAGAAACACGCUCUGAAUGCAACGGGAGUGAAAAGUGUAGCGGAGCCUCUGGUUGAGGUGGACAAUGGCGCAAAACCAAAGACUGCAAAAGGAAGGAUUGAUAUGUUUGAGGCCAAGCUGGGUGGUAAAACUUGGAAAACUGAAAAUGACAGUGAUCAGUCAGAGGCGAAAAAGUCCCAGAAACCAGAAGCUAAAGCUAAAGCUUCCUAUGGAGAUCCACUUCUGCAUCGUGAAGAUCAUAAAGACCACAAGCCCAAGAACUUUACCAGUACUCUGAACGAUGAUAUCAUUAAAAAACGUCGGCUGUCAAAGAACAAAUUUGAAAAGAUCGUCAGUGGUUUGGAGUCUAAACUACCAAAGCCAGACAUUUCUAUUCUGGCAAAGGCAGAGGAAACCAAGGCAGAUGCUGGAGCUACUCGCAAGAAGGCGUACAGUGAAGUGGUCAAACAGAAAAUCCCAGCUAAAGAAGACAUUAAAGUGGUACAGCCCAUCCAGGCAGUGUCGGUGAGCGGAGACCCCCAGACUCUGUGCCUGUGGUGUCAGUUUGCGGCGGUUUUCUCCAACCACACUGUCACCUGGAGCAGAGGCGACACUGUCCUGUCUGAGAGCAAGAGAAGUGCAGGGGACGAGAGCAGAGUGUCUGUGAACAUCUGCAACGCUUCUCAGAAAGACCUGGGCAAGUACCAGUGUCAGAUCACCAGUUUACAUGGAUCGGCCUCCCUGGACUACGUGCUCACAUAUGAAGUGCUCAGUGAGAUUGUCAUCCCUCCAUCUCCAAAGACCAUCUUAUCUGCCCCUGUGGAGGUUGGGAGUGAAGAGGAGGAUAUCCAGUGCUCCAGGCUGAUUUUCAAAGAGGAUUUCCUGUCUGACCAGUGUUUUGGAGAGAACCAGCCUGCCAGCAUCAUCACUGAAAAGGUUCACUUUGGGGAGGGGAUGCACCGCCGGGCUUUCCGGACCAAGAUGCAGGCGGGUCAGAUACCCCUCUUACUACCAGGACACUGCUGUGUGCUCAAAGUACACAACUCCAUCAGCUACGGGACCAAGAACAACGACGAGCUCGUUCAGAAGAACUUCACCUUGGCUGUAGAGGAGUGCCAUGUCCAGAACACAGCAAGAGAGUACAUCAAGGAGUACACAACUGCAGCGGAGUCUGUGAAGGCCUUCGGAGCGAUCCCAGAGAUUAUUCCCAUCUACCUGGUUCACCGCCCGUCCAACGACGUCCCGUACGCCACGCUGGAGCAGGAGCUGAUUGGUGACUUUGUGAAGUAUUCAGUGAAGGACGGGAAAGAGAUCAACCUGAAGAGGCGCGACUCGGAGCCGGGACAGAAGUGUUGUGCUUUCCAGCACUGGGUCUACCACAAGACUGACGGCAACCUGCUGGUCACUGACAUGCAAGGAGUAGGAAUGAGGCUUACUGAUGUGGGAAUAGCCACCUGUAAGAAAGGAUACAAGGGCUUCAAAGGAAACUGUGCCACUUCCUUCAUUGACCAGUUCAAAGCUUUGCACCUGUGCAACAUGUACUGUGAGCUGCUGGGCCUCAAAUCCCUGCAGCCCAAACCCAGAAAGGCUCCAUCCGCCCCCAAAGCCAGAGCCCCGCCCCCCGCUGCUCCCAAGAAGAAAACCUUUGGGCCGACAGUGAAGGGGAAGUCAUAGUAGUGGGAGAACCUUGGACUAUAUUUCAGUAUUCUAUUGACUAGCUGAGGUUGUAUGUGAUUUGCUCCUCCAGUCAUGCAGAGAUUGGCCUGUAAAAUAUGUAUAACAGAAAGGUCUCCGUCAUUCUGAGCUGCGGACGACGGAGAAAACAGAUGUUUUUCACUCGUUAUACAACCGGCAGCUGUUGUUUCACAAGAGUUUUUAUUUUCUUCAUCUCGUGUUGAACAUUUGAGAGAUAUAUUUUAUUUAAAUGAGAUGAUUUCUGUUUCAGAGUGUAUUUAUAAUCCAUUGGAGGACACUUUAUGUCAUGGAAAACUGUGACAAAGGUAACAAACACUUGAAAACGAUGCUAACGUUGAGUUUGUGUUGAAAACUGUGACGUCUUAGAGAUUGCUUUAUUUUUGAGGUGCAAUGAUUCUUCUUGUUUUUUCUACUUUGGCGAUGUUUUCAAACUAUUAGUUCAUUAAAUUAAUGAACUUGUUAAUUCAUUGAUAGAGAAAAUGUAUUUUAGGUAGGUUGUAAAUACACACGGUGAAGGAUAUGUUUUUAUGUUCAGUAUGAGAGGCGAAUUUGUGCGUUUGGUUUGCAAGGUAUUGUAUAUUCAGUUUAAUGUGACAUUACUAUGAUGUCAUAAAAGCAGGAUAUUCAGGAUAAUAUCAUAUUUUAUUCUGAAAACAACAGAAAAUCCAUUGUGUACACAUUAACCUCACAUAAAGUAUGGUUGAGAGAUUUAUUUAUAUAUCUUUGUAUUGUCUGGUGCAGUUCUGACUGUUACUUUUAUUUGUAUGUCUGACAUCCUUCAAGGAUCUAUAAUCUAUUUCAGAUAAAGUGAACGGCUUCAAAUUAAUCCUAAACCUGACAUCUAGAGCCACAUUUCAACACCAUAGCAGCUUUUUAAUGAUACCCCUCUCCGUCAAACCCUCACUGUUGUCUUUUAUAUUUCUGACCUAAGUUGCUGACAUAGUUCUCAGGUUAUUGUAAAUAUGUAAGCACACAAUAGAUCUGUUUUAUUAAAGACAUGUCACUGGU